AUGGUAGAGAACUGCAACAAGUUCCACCUACAAGUCUCUGGCGAGUACUGCUCCGACAUGGCCGCCAAAUACGGUAUCACUCUGAAGCAGUUCACAACAUGGAACACUGGAGUUGGAGACAGCUGUGAAUUCAUGUGGGGAGACGCGUACUUCUGCGUCGGCGUGAUUGGCUUCACGCCCACACCGACGCCGACCAAGGCCACAACCACGGCUAAGCCAACGACCACUACCACUAAGCCCGGCAACGGCAUCACCACCCCACUCCCCACGCAGCCUGGCAUGGUCUCCAACUGCAACAAAUUCCACCUCCAGCAGCCCGGAGAAUAUUGCUCUGACAUGGCUGCCAAGUACAGCAUCACGCUCAAGCAAUUCACCACCUGGAACACCGGCGUCGGUGACAACUGCCAGUCGAUGUGGGGCGAUGCAUAUUUCUGCGUCGGCAUCGUUGGAUUCACACCUACACCUACACCUACCAAGCCAACGACGACCGCAAAGCCGACGAGCACCAAGCCGGGCAACGGCGUUGCGACACCGACGCCGAUUCAAUCGGGAAUGGUGGCAAACUGCAAGACGUUCUACUUUGUGAAGAAGGACCAGACGUGUGCGAGCGUGUUGAGUAGUGCGAAGGUGACGCUGGCCAACCUGUUCAAGUGGAAUCCGGCAGUGAAGAGUGAUUGUAGUGGGUUGUGGGCUGAAACGUGGGCGUGCGUUGCCGUGUUGUAG